AUGGCAACAUGGCCGCUAGCAACGAGUGCUCACGUCGCGGGCUUGAAUCCGGUGCGAGGCGGUGCAGGCUGCUGUCGAGUUGAGUCGCACCGAGGCGAGGGAGAGAAUACUGCUUUACGGCAGAUGACGCCGGUGCAACACGAGGCCGUGGAGAGUCUGACACACACGACUCCCUUCAGUGCAUACACACACACAUGUGAGUUGACAGGACACGCUAGUCCUCGAAACACAAUCCACCAAAAAUCUGUCCUGGCUGGUAAGACAGCGUCGAUUGAGCAGGAAAUUCGAGUGCCACUCGGUCCGACUGCAGCGUCGGGUCCCAAGUCGUGUCAAACACACGGUCGGAUCUUUGCUGUGAUUGGUCAAACCCGCAGCAGCAAAAUGUCCUCGGCCUCAAGGUCAACGCGUAAGUGA